AUGCGGCUACCCGCGCUCGAAGCGAGGGAAGGGGCCCUGGAGAGAAGAAUGGACAAACAGAACAAGAGCUUCGUUAUCAUAGCCGUCAUCGUCGUCGCCAUCUUCGUCAUUCUCGUCACAACCUACCUCGUCACCCUCCGCUUCCGCCGGCCCCUAUCUGCGCGUCGUACAACAGACAAAUCGAGCGACAAACUCCCCGCACUGUUCUCCUGGAAGCAUUUCCGCAGACGCAACCGCCAUGCGUACUCGACCAGCCUGCAGGACACCGAGUACCGCGGCAACAGCGUCAGCGACACCCGCGACCGUGAGAUGAGUGGCGCAAACGACCCCGAGAGACAGUCUGCCACCGCCGGCGUCGACAGAAACACGUCGGUCCGCAGUGUCAUGACCUUGCCUGCCUACUCUCCCUCUGUGCGCGAAAAUGAGCGCGUCCUGGGCCGCGAAGGCGAGCGGGCCGGCAUGGACAAUGUGCUCGAGCUACCGGAGACGGCCGACGACGAGGAAGUCCAGCGCAACGAGGAGAUGGAGUCGCUGUACCAGAUCCGACUGGCCCGGCGAGCAGAAGCAACCGAGCGUGAAGCAAGACGGCAGGCCAGGCGGGAGGCCCGCGCGAGAGGCGACCACAUCGCACUCGCUGAGAUUCGCCGCAGAGUGGAAGAAGCCGCCGACCUGUCCGUUUCCCAGAUGCUCAUCGCCGAGCACCAGAGCCGCAACCGCGACCGGCGAGUCUCCUCCGUGGCCUAUGGCGACCUGGGCGUGGCACGCCACGAUGGCACACGCUUACGCGCCAACUCGCACGACAGUGACAACCGACCCCUCCUCGACAACGCCGCCUCCAUCUCAGGCAUCACCGGCCGCCCGCGUGGCCUGACCAACCACUCCGCAAACACUCUCGACACACACCAUCGCGGCUUGUCUGUGACCUCGAUCGCCCGGUCCUCGGUCGAUUCUCGCGCCUCUGACGACUUCUUUCCUCCCGCUGUGCAGACUCGAUCAAACUCGAGUGACCCCGUGGCCGCUAGCAGCUCUCAAACAGUGGCACUAGCACAAGAGAGAAGCCGGAGUGCGAGCAGGAGCAGGGGCGCAACACCGAGUCCCGACCUUGCUCACGAGGAAGCGCCCGCGUAUGAAGACCCACCCGAUUACACGAGCCCCAUAGAGAGAAGCGCACCACAACUACCGCGCCUGCCCACUCUCGAACGCUUACCGAGUAUCCGAGUCGUCACCACAGAGCCCACGCCGAUUGAUCCAAAUCCACAGUCAUCGUUUCGGUGA